AUGGAGUUCGACCUUUUUUGUCCAUGGGUGAGGGUCAAAGGUUUCAUCGGCAUCUAUUCGUAUUUCGUACAUUUAGAGUUCGCUUUUUUCCCUAUGGGGUCCCUGGAUACCCAGGCCAUUCUUGCAGCACUCGAUCAUCUCAAGACCCAGGUUACAAGAAUCGAAAAUACCCAGCGCUGGGCUGAGAAUUUCAGGAGUCUCUCUGCCAAUUCUCGUGCCCAUCUUCUUCCCCUUUUGGAUCUUGGAACAAGACUCGAAAUUUCGAAUUGCCCUACAACUAUUGGGCAUAUAUUGCGGCUUUCCAGCGCUGAGGCCACCCGGAUUCUCAGCGCGCUGCAGGUAGAUGUGCCGGUCGGUCUGGCGGCACAAAGAGCAGCUGUUCGGUGA